UACUAUAACUAACCAGCCCGAGUAGCUAUAGUAUGAUAUCUCUUGCCACUUGACAAUAGGGAUUUUUUUCCAAGAAAAGUAAACGCCUCAUUAAUGACAAGUUGUCGACGAACGGACCACGUGGUAAAUCUAAACCAAUGGGAAAUGUUUAAAGAAGUCGUGCUCAGAUUGUUAAAAAUAAUUUGUGCAUUAUCGACAAUGUAUUUUACAAAUUUAUAAAAUCUUCCUUCCGUAUCCAUUCUUUAUAAAUAUCCAGUGAUGUCACCGAACCAUGGAUAGAUCCUGGAUUCAUUAAAAUAAAACCCGGGACGCCCACCCUUUUGGCGUGUAUUUAAACACAUUUGCUACCAUGUAAAAUUCAAAUUGGAAAGACAAUCCAAACGAAAGAGCAGCAUAUAAUCUUAAAGAAUGGAAGUUGUAGCUAAGGAAUUAUCAAGAAAUAUGAAAAGUGUGGGAAAACACAGGCGACAAGUGGCGGCAUCUAUCAGACGAUACGCAUCACUACCCGACGACAAAACAAUACACGGUCGACAAUAUCAUCAAGGAGCAGUGGCAGUAAAAGAAAAUCUCCCCCCGGUCAGUGUGACGUCAUGGAUAUCAGACAUCGUAGCAAACACCACUUUUGACAACCUAUCCGAUGUCACAAUUUCCAGAAGCAAACGCAUGAUGCUGGAUACUCUUGGAGUUGGAAUUCUUGGUGCCAAAACUGAAAUAUCAGAAAUAGUCUCAAAAUGCGUCGCUAGCGGUGCCUUUGACUCUGUUCACGAUGACAAACUGGUAAAGAGCUCUCUGUGGGGAGUGUCCGGAAAAAAGGCUUCACCAGCAAUUGCAGCUUACAUAAAUGGCGUUAAUGUCCACGCCAUGGAUUUUGAUGAUACCUGGUUUCCGGCUACACACCCUAGUGGACCUGUUCUUCCUGCCAUCAUAGCUUUAGCGGAGACGAUGACCGGAUCUCUUGAACCAACCACACAAGAUCUGUUAGUAGCUUACAAUGUUGGUAUUGAAGUCCAGGGCUUGUUGCUUCGCUGUUCAGAAAUUGCAAAGGAAAUUCCUCAAAGGUUUCAUCCACCAGCAGUUGUAGGGGUUAUGGGUAGUGCUGCAGCUUCAGCUCGUCUCUUAGGCCUUGGUCCAAAGAAGAGUCGUCAUGCGCUCGCUAUCGCUGCAUCCUUUGCUGGGGCACCAAUGGCCAAUGCUGGAACGACAACCAAGCCUCUUCAUUCCGGAAAAGCUGCGAGAUUUGGACUGGAAGCAGCUCUCUUGGCUGAUUAUGGACUCGAAGGUAAUAGCGAUAUCCUCGAUAUGGCCUCUGGUUAUGGUGCUUUCUAUGAUGAUUAUAAUCCUGAAGAAUUCCUGAUCAAUCAUUCCGGUAGAACAGAAUUUGUUCUACAUGAUCAAGAUGUAGCCAUUAAACGAUACCCGGCUCAUCUUGGUAUGCAUUGGGCCAUAGAUGCUUCUCUCGGUGCCAGAAAUAAAGUAUUCCCAUUUGAUGAACAGAUCCACCCAGACCAAAUUGAUUCCAUUGACAUUUUGGCACCAAAAUCCAAAUAUAUCAACCGACCACUACCUUCAUCUGAGCACGAGGCUCGACAUUCCUUUCAGUUCAACGUCUGUACAGCACUUCUUGAUGGUCAUGUCACCUCAGAUUCGUAUCGCUCUAGUCACCGCCUUCGACCACAACUGGUAAAUCUGUUGAAGAAAGCGGAAAUCAGCACACCAUCCGAUAACCUAGCUACCUUUAAAGAUAUGUACAUCGAGGUUCGCAUUGUCCUUAAAGAUGGCACGCAAGCCAUAUCCAGAUGUGAUACCCCGUAUGGUCAUUGGAGAAACCCUCUCUCCCAGAAAGAUUUGGAAGGAAAAUUUUUAACCAACACAUCUUCACUUCAUCUCACGAAACAAUCUGAAUUCAUUAACCAAAUCAGAAAUAUGGAUAAAAGAAAUCGAUCUUCAAAUUUCCUAAGUUUAUUUCAUUAAAACUGGGAGAAUUCCGUACUGAAUCUCUAACACCUUCAUCUUUGAUUAUCUCUAUUGAGUUAUUAUGAUUUCACACUUCAUCAUCUUGUCAUAACGUGUAUGUUAAUCAUAAACUGUAAACACAAAUAGUAAGUCAACUGAAUAUUAUAAAAUUCAUAUAAUUUUUGCUCGGAUGCCGCUUAACGUCACCUAUAUGUAUUUAAAGUCAAUUCUCAUUUGUCAUUAUUCAUAUUUAGUUUAUUUUACAAACUAAUCCAGUUAAAAACUAAUAGUAAGUCAACUGAAUAUUAUAAAAUUCAUAUAAUUUUUGCUCGGAUGCAGCUUAACGUCAUCUAUAUGUAUUUAAAGUCAAUUCUCAUUUGUCAUUAUUUAUAUUUAGUUUAUUUUACAAACUAAUCCAGUUCGCUUUUAUACUAAUUAAUCAGCCGUUGAUAGCAGUUUACAUCUUAAUAAUUGAUUUGAUUAAUUGGUAAAAGUGAAAAUAUGUGCAUAAAUAUUUAUGUGUAAAUAACAUGAUCUUGUUUGUAUAUAAAAAUUCGUUUCAUUUUGUAAAAAGUGUAAAUAAAUAUUUUUUAUUUUUUUA